AUGGUUAUGGAAGUGGUGCAUGAAGACAUUGGAGAAGGUAACAUGCAAUGUACAGACCAUCCGAACAAGAACAGCACCCCAGGUGGAAUCUGUGCAUUUUGCCUCCAAGAGAAGCUUGGAAAAUUAAUAUCUUCUUCAUUCCCUCUACCCAUCUCUUCCUCUACUUCUUCAUCUUCUUCCCCCUCUUUCAGUUCUGAUUUUGGUGGCGCCACCACCUCUUCCGCCACCUCCACAUCCCUUCAAGUUCGCCGACAUGUAUCUUCAUCUGCCAGAUUGCCCUUUGUUUUGACACAAAGGAAUCAGAAAAAUAAAGAUGGUGCCAUUUCAGAUUUCAAGAGAAGCAAGUCUACCACUGCUCCAAGAAGAGGUAUCCAUUUCUUGAAUGAAAAUGUUAAAGAUUAUGACCCUCAUAAAAGAGGGUUCUGGUCCUUUCUUUACUUGUCAAAAUAUUCGAGUACAACCAAGAAAAUUGAAACCCAUUGCAAAGAUUUGAACUUUCCAUCUAGUAGUGUAAGUUCUGUGGCUACAAUAAAAUCAAGGGACAAGAAGGAAGAAUUUGUGGGUUGUGAAGAAAAUGAGAGUCCAAGAAAGGUAUCAAGAUCCAGAUCUGUUGGUUGUGGACGUAGGAGUUUUUCUGGUGAUUUCUUUGAGAGAAUUUCAACUGGUUUUGGUGAUUGUACUCUACGCAGAGUGGAGUCUCAUAGAGAAGGCAAAUCUAAACUUCCUUCAGAACACAAAAAUGGAGAUAAUAAUGAGCAAGUUCGAAUUAAAGAGAGGGUAAAAUGUGGUGGGAUUUUCAGUGGUUUUAGCAUCACUUCAUCUUCUUCUUCAACCUCAUUUUCUUCCCGUUGGGCUUCAUCUUCAACUGAAGGUACUGCAGCAACAGCCACUUCAGGGAAUCUUUCUAAUGGGAGGAGUAAAAGUUGGGGGUGGAUAUUUGCAAGCCCAAUGAGAGCUUUUAGCAAGCCUUCAAAGAGGGAUUCUUCUUCUUCUUCAAAUAAGAAUGCAACUCCAAAUUUGGCUGCAAUUCCUUCAUUGUUGGCUGUGGGAGGAUGA